AUGGGCAAACCAAAGAAGCCCCAGACCCCACUGGACCAACUGCCAAUUGAAGCGAGACUCAAGAUCAACAAGUACUCAUCAGAUGCGUGCAAUGCCGCAAUUCACGGGCAACAACUUCCAGUCGCACUGGGCUAUGAACUGACUCGGUUGUCUGUCAUUCGUGGCAUCCGACACCACCAUGGUUUCGCCCAGGAGCUCCACGGAGUGACGCCAGAAUUCACCCGAGCCUUGAAUGCCCGGGAUAUCAUGAGCGGUAUUAUCCCGACCAUAUCUGAGCCCAACGAAACCCCUUACUGCAUUUGGCAUCCAGACGUCCCGCAUGAGGGUACCCUGCGAGCUCUGAUACAACGAUAUCCGCAAAUGCUAUAUCAUGCUGCUCGUGCCUGUGCGGUCGCUGGAUAUAUUGACCUGUAUAAGGAGCUCGACCCACUCCCAGAGGUCCACGUCGCAGAAGAAGCGUCUUAUGCAAGCGCGGAGAGGGGCAAUAAGGGCAGUCAGGAAAUUUACCAACGCAUUAUAUCCCAGCAAGUGAAAUUCGCGAUUAUGGAUGAUUAUACGCGGACGGUGGAUAUUGCCAACCCUCGAGUUGCAUUCCUGAAUGGUGAUACCGCUGUUUUUUCAAGUCUUGGGGGCGGACGGGAACAUGUAGAUCCGAAGGAGAUCUCACAUUUCUACCGGGAGCACGGGGACCGUCAUUAUACCUCAAAUUACUUCAAUAUUACAGAGGAUUGGGGUAUAGACGACCACAACCAUAAGGCGCUAGACGCCCCCGAGAGCUAUUUCCCACUCCUAUAUGGGCCGCUGCCGGUGGAUCUCCCGCCUGUCAACAAGGAUAAAUUGAUCGUGAUGGCCGCGUAUUUGGGCGAUAUCGAUCGCUACGCGCGUCUACACAGACCACAAAUGGUUCGUGGCGAAUUCUUCUGCAUAAUCCGAGGUAUCUACCAUAAUUCGUUCUGGGCGAAAUGGUGGAGCACACAAGUCACCGAAGACGCGAACACUAGGUUUAGUGAGUUUGAGACAAAACAAAUCCAGCGUGCAAUCAACGCUCGACGAAUCAUGUCGGAUGAUGUCACAUGGGUCACGGCGGACACGCCGAAAGAUCUGCUCCCUAUGAACAUCUGGUUCCCAGGGCGAGCUUGUGCAGAAACCUACGAGAGACUGGCUCGCAUUAGGCCAGAUAUGCUGCGGCAAUGCCUUCACGCCUGUAUUGUUGCGGAUUAUCCGGAAAUGUGGGACAAGGUACUACUGCUUUCCUCCGCAGGGCCUGCUGAUAGCCAGACGGCACCGGCAGAGAGCGAGACCCAAGAGUUGAAACUUAAACAACUUUCUCGGCUUGUUGGCCCCGCAAUGUGGAUGGAAGCCAAGGCGUCGUAUAACAAUCACUACCGGGAGGACAUUGCGGCGGCUGUCCCGGACAAACUUGAGUCACUUGAACGGGAAUCCAGCUAUGUCUCGAGAUCGCUGUUUCUUAUGACCUCGAAAGAAUGGUAUUUCCCAAGGUCGGACAGGACGCACAGAUGGGUCGACAGAAAUGAUCCGGUACAUAUUGCGCUGUGGGACCAAGGUGAACAUGACGGGGUAUCUGUUAGAAUUCCGAGUAUAGAUUUUGCUAUAUUUGCUAGGGAUGCUGUUGGUGUGGACCAUGAUAUUUGGAGGAACGAAAAGGAUGGCCGUCUUGAACUGGACGAAGUUUAUGAAUUGCUGGAAGCAGCUGAAGUUUCUCACCGAAGCGUGGCUCAAACCUAG